CUCCAGUUUGAAGGCUUGUCUCUGAUCCUCGCUAUAAUUUUCCAAUGCUUCCUCGCUAUCCGUUUUAUUACACCUUCCCAGGUUGCUGGUGCGCCCCCUCCCCCUUUUUUCUUCCCACUGACCCAUUCCAAGUAAGGUCUGUGUGACCAGCCCAUUUCCAGACAUGGCGGACCUGUUCGACAUCGAACCUUAUACAUUAACUCGUAGUAAUAAUUUUAUUAAAGACCUCUUAGCGGAUGAAAGGUUUCUAUUUGUUUAUUGUUUUAACGUUUAAAAUUAUUAUAAGUAAAUUAGAUUUAUCUAUGAUUUAGUCCUCACUUACCUACUUGCAAAUUACUGAUUCUAAGACAUUACACAUUCAGUAAUAAAGAACGCAUGGAAUACCACGUAUAACUAUUAAAAAUAAAAAUGGAAUUUAUUCCUCAAGAUAAACUUUUAAAAGUUAAGCCGGACACUCUGGAAGUUAUCCGGGAUGAGAUCAACCUGGGUAAACCAGGAGAGAUGAAUACCGCUGUCAAGAUCCUUAAGGAGUGGGUACAGCAUCAACCGCAUUUUAAAAAGAAGGAUUUUGGUGAGCAUUUUCUAGAAACGACCAUUCUUUCGGGAAAAGGAUCCAUUGAACGAGCGAAGAAACAGAUAGAUAGAGUGUGCACGUUGAGGUCAUUAUGGCCACGAUUUUUUGGGGUUCGUGAUAUUAGAAAAGAGUUUGCAGAUAUAUUUGCAAUCGGACAUUUCGGAGUAAUGCCUGAAGUAAAUGAAAAUAACCACAGAGUGUUUGUCGUUCAAGUGAAUGGAAACAUUUUAAAGUCAUCGCAAUUAUUCAAUUAUUAUAGAUAUGUAAUAUGUUUUGGAGAGUACAUGAAAACCCACGAUUACUAUGUCAGCUAUCAAUACAUCGUGGAUCUGAGACAAACCGAUAUGACGGCGUUCUUAGCUGCCUGUAACCCCAUUGAGAUGAAACAAGCACUAACAAUAUUGAUAGAAUGUUACGGAAUCCGAUUUAAAGGGCUGCAUUUUAUUACCAACUCAAAACACCUUAUAGAUAUGUUGAUCACAAUAUUAAAACAAAUAUUGAAGCCGAAGAUAAUUCAGCGGCUACACCACCAUGCUACUUGCGACAGCUUGGCAAAUUUAAUCGGGAAUGACUAUUUACCCGUGGAACUGGGCGGGACGGCGGCCUCCAUGCAGGAUAUACAUAAUAAAUGGGUAGAAGUUCUGUCUUCGACGGAGAACAUGGAGUAUUUGCGUGCAAUGGACGAUGUUGGUACUAACGAAGAACUCAGACCUAAUGUUCAGUUUAACGAAGAAUAUGCAGGUGUCACUGGCACUUUCAGAUUUUUAAGCGUUGAUUGAUUUCGUCAAAAAAUUUGACGCUUUUUAUUUUCUUGAAUGUGGUGAUAAAUUAAAAAUAAGUAAUAAUUUUAUUUUUCUAUAGUAUGUCUAUACAUAUACGUAAUGAUAUUCUUAAAUUGGUUUAUAUAAAAAAUCGCGUAGUCCAGCGUGCCUCCUGGCAUUGGCCUCCUCUCAUAGUUUCCAACGUCUUCUGCUACGCGCUCUUCUCCAGUGUUAGCUUCUCUAGCAGUUAAUUAAACGUUCCCUUUCAUAUAAGUUAUAGGUUUCCAUAAAUCUGGAUAACUGAUAGUAUACUAAGUUGGGAUCUCAUUCCAAAUACCUUUUACAGAACUCGUAUAUUUGUGCAGUAGUUAACCUUAGCAGUAAUAAAAUUCUGUUUUGCAUACAGGACGUAAAUAAUUACUAAGAGUCAUUAUUGUGGCACUUGACCUCGGGCUCAAAGAGAUAAAAAUGUAAUUAAUUGUAAGGUAUAAGAGAUAAAUAUAGUAAUGUUUUAUUCAGCAGUGUAAAGAAAUAAGAUCAAGGAUCAAGAGCUAUUAAGUAUAUGUAUUUUGUAUUUAUAUUAUAUAUUCAUGGUUUUUGUAUAUGGUUUAAAAUUUAGCUCGUAACUUUUCUUACGUACAAAACACGGGUCGGUUUUGGGUAAGGCGUUCCGAAAAGAGACUGUGACGUUUAGGGUAUUCGAGUUUGAUUCCCGAUGACAGCAUAAAUUUAAAUAAAGUUCUACUAUUCACACUGGUGCCGUUAA